CCGCCGGGCGGGCGGCACCGCCGCUCCCCCGCGCCGCGACUGCCACAGACACCGUGCCCCGGGCCGGCUGCCCUGCGUCCCAGCGCCCGGCCCCGGAGUCAGCUCCGUGGCGAUCGGGGCCCCGCCGCCGCCCGGGCCAUCCAUCCUGCAGAGACCGCGCCGGGCAUGGACACCUUUCCCCGCCCCUGCAAGAGCACAGGUGGCUGUGUGACCGCCCGGGCACCAAGUCGCUGAGGCCAAGGCAGGAGAGCCCCAGCGCAAGCCAUGCCUUUCGGCCUGAAGCUGCGCCGCACGCGGCGCUACAACGUCCUGAGCAAGAACUGCUUCGUCACCCGCAUCCGCCUGCUGGACAGCAGCGUCAUCGAGUGCACGCUGUCGGUGGAGAGCACUGGCCAGGAGUGCCUGGAGGCCGUGGCGCAGAGGCUGGAGCUGCGUGAGACGCACUACUUUGGCCUUUGGUUCCUCAGCAAGAGCCAGCAAGCUCGAUGGGUGGAGCUGGAGAAACCGCUGAAGAAACAUCUGGACAAAUUUGCUAAUGAGCCUCUGCUGUUCUUCGGAGUCAUGUUCUAUGUGCCAAAUGUGUCAUGGCUUCAGCAAGAGGCCACAAGAUACCAGUAUUACCUGCAAGUCAAAAAAGACGUGCUCGAAGGGCGGUUACGGUGUACACUGGAACAGGUGAUCCGGCUGGCCGGGUUAGCGGUGCAAGCCGACUUUGGAGACUAUAAUCAAUUUGAUUCUCAAGAUUUCCUCCGGGAGUAUGUGCUGUUUCCUAUGGAUUUGGCUCUGGAAGAGGCUGCUCUGGAGGAGCUGACACAGAAGGUCGCGCAGGAACACAAAGCCCACAGUGGGAUCCUGCCAGCAGAGGCCGAGCUGAUGUACAUCAACGAAGUGGAGCCACUGGACGGAUUCGGGCAGGAGAUCUUCCCUGUUAAGGACAAUCAUGGGAAUAGUAUGCACCUUGGCAUCUUCUUCAUGGGCAUUUUCGUGAGGAACAGAAUCGGAAGACAAGCAGUGAUAUACAGGUGGAACGAUAUCGGGACCAUCACCCACAGCAAGUCCACUAUUCUGGUGGAGCUGGUCAGCAAGGAGGAGACAGCCCUUUUCCACAUGGAUGACAUUGAGAAUGCAAAGUAUGUGUCCCGGUUAUUCACGACAAGGCACAAGUUUUAUAAACAAAACAAAAUCUGCACCGAGCAAUCUAAUUCUCCGCCCCCCAUCAGACGCCAGCCCACCUGGAGCCGGUCCUCCCUGCCCCGGCAGCAGCCGUACAUCUUGCCUCCCAUGCACGUCCAGUGCGGCGAGCACUACUCCGAGACGCACACGUCACAAGACAGCAUUUUCCACGGGAACGAAGAGGCCUUGUAUUGCAAUUCUCACAACAGCCUGGACCUGAACUACCUGAAUGGCACCGUCCCCAACGGCAGCGUGUGCAGUGUCCACAGCAUCAACUCCCUAGGCUGCCCGCAGAGCUUCAUCCAGACCUCUCCUGUGUCCUCCAACCUCAGUAUCCCCGGGAGCGACGUCAUGCGGGCCGACUACGUCCCCAGCCAUCGGCACAGUGCCAUCAUCGUGCCGUCCUACCGGCCCACCCCUGAUUAUGAGACAGUCAUGCGGCAGAUGAAGAGGGGUGGUGUGGUGCCUGGAGACAGCCAGAGCCAGUCCCUGCGGAACCUCAGCAUCCUCAAUGCUCACGCCUACAGCCAGCCUGAGGAGCUAGUGUACAGCCAGCCAGAGAUGCGAGACAGGCACCCCUACACCACACCCUAUGCCCCACAGGGGGGCUACGGCCAUGCGCUGGUCAGCCCAGCUGACCACAUGAACCCCAAGGGGGGCGCAGUGCCCAGCAAUCCCCGGGCCAGCACCAUCUCGCACACGGUGAGCACCCCGGAGCUGGCUAACAUGCAGCUGCAGGGGCCCCAGGGCUACCACCACGCGGCCCACAUGCUCAGGAACUAUCUCUUCCGGCCGCCGCCACCCUACCCCCGUCCACGUCCUGCCACGAGCACCCCGGACCUGGCCAGCCACCGCCAUAGGUAUGUGAGCGGCAGCAGCCCCGACCUGGUGACCCGGAAGGUGCAGCUGUCCGUGAAGACGUUCCAGGAGGACAGCUCCCCCGUGGUGCACCAGUCCCUGCAGGAGGUGAGCGAGCCCCUGCCGGCCCCCAGGCACCACGGCCUGGCCACCAAGCGCCACAGCCUGGAGGUGAUGAGCAGCAUGGUGCGUGGCAUGGAGGCUAUGACCCUGAAGUCGCUGCAUGGCCCCAUGGUGAGGCGCAACACGCUCCGGGAGCAGGGCCGGCCUGAGGAGGUGACUCCACUGCCACAGUUCCACCACCAGAAGACCCUGUCCGAUGCCACCAUGCUGAUCCACAGCAGUGAGGAUGAGGAGGAUGAGGAGGACGAGGAGGAGGCGCCUGUGACCGCCCCAGCCCCAUCCAUGCCCGCGCUGCAGGAGAAGGUGCAGUACAGUGCCCAGCUACAGGCCGCCCUGGCACGGAUCCCCAACAAGCCCCCACCUGAGUACCCGGGGCCCAGGAAGAGUGUGAGCAAUGGGGCACUGAGGCAGGACCAGGGCGCCCUCACCUCCAGGGCCCGGGUUCUGAGGCAUGGAGGUCCAGCCAAGGCGCUCAGCGUCUCCCGGACUGACCAGUUGGCCGUCAAUGGCACUGCCCUGGGCCCGUCCAUCUCCGAGCCUGACCUGACCAGUGUGAAGGAGCGGGUCAAGAAGGAGCCAGUGAAGGAGAGGCCGGUGUCCGAAAUGUUCUCCCUGGAGGACAGCAUUGUGGAACGGGAGAUGAUGCUGAGGAAUCUAGAGAAGCAGAAGAUGGCAGGCCUGGAGGCACAGAAGAGACCGCUGAUGUUGGCAGCGCUGAACGGCCUCUCAGUGGCCCGGGUCACGGGGCGGGAAGAUUGUCGCCAUGAUGCCACCCGCAUCCCCAUAGACGAGCGGUUCAGAACCCUGAAGAAGAAACUGGAAGAGGGCAUGGUGUUCACAGAGUAUGAGCAGAUUCCAAAGAAGAAGGCAGAUGGCGUGUGCAGCACCGCAGCUCUGCCGGAGAAUGCGGAGCGCAGCCGGGUCCGGGAGGUGGUCCCGUAUGAGGAGAACCGCGUGGAGCUGGUGCCGACCAAAGAGAACAGCACCGGCUACAUCAACGCCUCCCAUAUCAGGGUGGUGGUUGCUGGGGCCGAGUGGCACUACAUCGCGACUCAGGGGCCCCUGCCGCACACGUGCCAUGACUUCUGGCAGAUGGUAUGGGAGCAGGGGGUCAAUGUGAUUGCCAUGGUGACUGCAGAAGAGGAAGGUGGACGAAACAAAAGCCACCGAUACUGGCCCAAACUGGGUUCCAAGCACAGCUCGGCCACCUAUGGCAAGUUCAAGGUCACCACGAAGUUCCGGACCGAUUCUGGUUGCUAUGCAACCACAGGCUUGAAGGUCAAGCACCUUUUGUCCGGACAGGAAAGGACAGUGUGGCAUUUGCAAUAUACAGACUGGCCAGACCACGGCUGCCCAGAGGACGUCCAAGGAUUUUUGUCCUACCUGGAGGAGAUCCAGUCUGUGCGUCGCCAUACCAACAGCGUGCUGGAAGGUGCCAAGAACCAGGCCCCUCCCAUCGUGGUCCACUGUAGUGCAGGCGUGGGCAGGACCGGCGUGGUCAUCCUCUCGGAGCUGAUGAUCUACUGCCUGGAGCACAACGAGAAGGUGGAAGUCCCAGUGAUGCUGCAGCUGCUCAGGGAGCAAAGGAUGUUCAUGAUCCAGACCAUCGCCCAGUACAAGUUUGUCUACCAGGUCCUCAUCCAGUUUCUCCAGAACUCCAGACUCAUUUAGCCGCCCCGGCCAGGGCUCAGAGAGGGACCCAAGUUCCCUCCAUGUGACAUCGGUCCCACAGCGGGGACGGGGAGCCUGCAGCAGCAAGCCACCAACUCCCAGAAGAUGGGAGUCCAGGUCACCUGGCCACAUUGUGUAUUAUUUUAUAUGAGAUAAUUUAUUUUUUCCUCUUUGGAGUAACUUUUAUGAAUUAUUAUAAUGCGGCGUUCACAGUAAUAUAGUACGUUGCAUUCGAACCACAUUUUUGACUGAUCUGCAUUGUAAGCCAUCAGGAAGGAAGGUUGCCCGGGGGGUCACUGUGGGGACAAAGGCACAAGGGACACAUCUCUUCUAGAGAAGGAAGUGGCUGCCAGAUUUUUAAUCCAACCUCAAUUCAUUGGCGUAACCGCUCGUGUCCAAAAUCACAGAUGGUGACAAAAUGAACUCAUCAUGAAUUAGAAAGCAAAGAGCCGUGACCUUUCCCAGGGGAAGCAGCACUGUUCCGUCUAUCUUGGGGGCUCAGGAGGCUUGCUUAGACAGUUUCCUCUCUUCUUUCUGUCUUUCCUCCGCAUUCAUCCUCAGUAACCUCUUUCCCACCACCGUACCCCAGUGCCCCAAGCUUGAGUUAAAGGUAGAGGUGGGAGAUCCCUUUGAGGCUGUAGAGUUGCACAGCUCUGGGGAUGUCUGGGCUCUGGGCUUCCCCCAUUCGUUCCCACACCCUGAUCACCAGAUGGUGCUCUGGGUCGGACUACCCUAUAACUCCAUCCCUGGUUGAAAGCAGAGAGUGGACCAGUGCAGGAGGAAGACAAGUCCGCCAAGGGCUUUGGAGUUGGGCCUUAGUUAAAAGUGACCUGUGGGGCACUGGUGGCUGCAGGUCUCGGGCUGGGUGUGUCUGUCUUCCCAUCAGUCAGUCACCGGCAGAGGGAAGGCUAGAAAGGAAACAGCUGGGAUCGCUGAUUUCCAGGAGCCACCGGCCAGCCUGGCUCCGCGCAGCCUUCUGGUGGGAGUGGAGUUAACCUCGACGUCUGCCUCUUCUCUUCUCAGGGACUCAGGGUGCACGUGUCACCCACGGCUCCUCUGCUUCCUUCUUUCUGACCUCCCCACUCUGCUUGAUGGUGGCCUUCAGGGACCCUCAGCUUGAAACCCAGUUCCUAUCUCUUGGCUGCAACUGCACCGGUCAGCAACCUUCUGACUUGCUUAGCUUAGCACAGAGAAACCUUGUCUACCUUGACUUCCUUCCUCAGUGAAUUUCAGGGAGAGGUGGUUCCAUUCUCCAUAUCUCUUUUUCUUUGAACACAACUUUUAAAUUCUGAUUUUGUUCUCAGAAUUGACUCAGGUUGGUGUCCUGUGUGCUCCCCCAUUACUGUCUGGCUGUGUGUUUUUUUCUGUUUUCCUGAGCUGAAAAGACAGAAACAGAGUGUCAUCAUAUCAGGCGGAAAGACCAUGGCUCUGUGACCAGCAGCCAUACGUAGGGACAGGUGCCUCUGCCAGGGACUCAGCCCAGCUUCACUUCCAGCCAGCCACAGCGGCAGUGCUGCAGGUAUAGACCGAGUUUCUGUCUGGAAGUGCAGCCCUUCCCCUCUCAUCUCCUCCAGGUGUGACAGUCAGCUCAGGAGCAUCAUUUCGCCUAGCUUCGUAAAUGCCAGCAUCUGGGUGUAUGCUCUGGAAAGCAAACCAUGGGUAGCACAUAUAUUCCCAGUGCUAAGCAACACUUGUCACUAGGCUGAAAGGAUUUUGUUUCCAGUUCCUUAGAGGCUUUUGUGUCCCAGGGAUAGCCUAACAGUCAGUCUCAGCCACCAGUUCAUUGUAGAUGAGGCAUGCCAAUUUUGGUCUUUCAUCUCGGAGCCCCGCCGUGGGCUGUGGUGCAGUGGCUCUGGUGGCAGCGUGCAGACAUGAUUCAUCUUUGAGGCUCAUCCUUCAGGGCCUCCUUCAGACCCAUCCACUGCUCCCAUCUUGUGCUACCAGAAUGUUCUUUACAGCACAGGCUGGAGGAAGGAAGUGGGUGUGAUGGCCAACUUCCUAGCCAGAGUUUCUAUGAAAACCCAAAGGCCAACAUUCAAGUUAUUCCAUACGUUUCAUUUUUUAAAAAUGCUUCUGGUUCUUUAGCACAUUUUACAUUCCUUUUUGCAUCUCCAGCGAAUGUCAACCUGUCUCCUGGUAAAUUAGCAGCAGCCACUUAAGUCCUUUUAGUGGCAUCUGCAUAAUAAUUAUCCAGAGAUGCUUUAUAUCUGGGAAGCAGGCCAAGGAAUAAACCUUGAAGCAAAGUGUAUUAAAUUAGUUAUCUAGUUAGAGCUUUUGGAAAUGAUUUCCUGAUGAUGUAUCAAGUCUGAAGCUAGGGCUGCCAGGGUCUAUUGCUGCUUGUAUGAUUCUAAGCGAGAAAUUAGAAAUGGAAGAAAUAAAAGAUGCCAUCUCUGAGACAAGCUGUCAAAACAUUUGCAGGCCUCUGGUUUUGAAGGUGCCCGGCUGAAAUGUUUCAUCUUUUCAUUUGCACUCCCUGGGCUGUGUUGACCCCAAGCGUGUGUCCUCGUCCCCUGCAGCCCCUUGUGUCUUCAUCCCUGAUACACAGAGAGCCGGGCUGCCAUCGGUGGUGAGAGUUCCAAGGAGAUACCACCUUUCAGGAAGAGACCCUGGCAGCAUUUGCAGGUCGGGGUCACAGCUACAGCCAGCUCUGCCCCUGCAGAGACAGGGAGAGGAUCUCACUGCCUUAGUGAAGGAUGACAAAUGCUAGGUGGUUUGUUUGUUUCCCAUGAGCGUGAAGGAGGAUGCCAGGCUCUCUAUGUGCAAGCGAGUGCUGAGGCAGGGCGUAGGUGUGAGCAUCUCUCUUGGCACAAAUUAAUUAUGUUGACUAAUAAGCCUCCAAGGAGCUUAAAGAGAAUUUUACUUGUACAGAUUUUGUCAUUCUGGGUUGAGAAAAACAGCUGCUUUUUUCGGUCUUUUUGAGAUAAGUUCUUUGCUAUGCAGUUUAGGCUGGCCUUGAGCUCCCUUUGUAGCCCAGCUGGUCUAGAACUAGUAUUAAUUCUCCUGCCCCAGCCUCCAACAACUGCUUUUGACUGUGAUGACGCUGUCCUGCUUUGUCGAGGUACUCAGGCUUUUUCCAGCUGCUUCCUGCAUCUGCCCACCGUGUUGGGGGCACGAUCAGCUCCACCACCAUUGGUUUCACUCUGCCCUUCGUUGGUCUCCACAGGCCGGAGUGAUGCUGUGAGCCCCUUGCAGCAGGAAUUUCUGGGAGUGCCAAGCAAUCACCUCGGGCCUCUCAUGGAGUACCCUCAAGUGGUUGGGGUUCCGGCCUUCCGCACCUGUGUUCUGUCUUGUUGCCAGUGGCGUUGAUGUGGCACCCAUCCUGUUGUUGGUUAGUGACUUCUUCCUUCUUUAUUUUAUUUUACUUUUUGAGACAGUGGGCCUUGAACUCCCACUCAUCCUCCUGCCUCAGCCUCCUGAGUGCUGGAGUUACAGGGGUGCAUCACCACACCCAGCUUCCCCGGCUAUGCUCUUCUGUCCACUCUGUGUCUCAGCUGUCCACAGUGCUCUUUCUUUCCCUCUCCUAGUCCUGUAGCCCCUGUGAGCGAAUUCAGCCUGGUCAUAGCGAGUCACUGUCUCGCACCUCUCCAAAACGUGCAGUUAGGAAAUCUAAUUUUAAUUUUCUUUUUCAAAAAGUUUUUAACAUUUCAGGGAGUGAAAGCUGGUAAUCGGGAAUAGCAGCAACGAGAGUGGCUGGGAAGCUGUCAGCGGGCCUGGCGUGGUGACACUCACCCACCUGUCAUCACAGCAUGCUGCCAGGCUGAGGCAGGAAGAUGGGCCUUAUGUGACGCUGUCUGAGAAAAUAAAAAAGAUGGGGUGUAGCGCAGUCCACGGACCCUGGUUCAGUCCCCAGCACCACCAAAAUAGAAAGAAACCUGUCCACAACCAGGCAGUCAUCCUGAGCCAUCUUUGUGCUCCCUGACGGAGACUUAGCUGUCCCUCAAUAUGAGAGGCAAUGAAAGAAAAGGUAGGAAUCAGUGGUGCUUAGAUUGAACACAGCCGUGGGCCUUGGCACCAGCGUCAGGUGGAUUUGCAGUGGUUGCAUUUGGUCUGGUGUAGACGUGAGCAAUCUGACUAGUGUCUUCUAGCUUCUUCCUGCAUGGUGGCCUCUGCACACAGACUGGCCACCUAGGGAGACCGGAAGGGAAGAACUGUCCACCUGUCUGCCUGCCUUCCCAUCUCCGUCCUCCAGGGAAUGUGAAUGCCACCUCCUCUGAGAAGCUGGCAUCUUUCUGUGCUUUUAGGGGAAGCUUUGCUAAAAUCUCAGGAAUCGGCUUUGCGUUUAACCAGGUGGCACUCAGGGUGGUGUCUGGUGUCCUCCCAUUUCUCCGGGGUUUUCUCCUCUUCUGCUGCCCCCAUAGCUGAUGAAUACAUUGCAUAGCGUGCGGCAUCCACUGGAAGCCGUGGCAUGGAGCCCUCUCUCUCUCUCAACUUGAACAUUUGUAAAAUUCCACCACAACUUCCUUCGGACUUUCUUGCCACUGUUAGACACCGCAAGGUCACUGUUCCUCAGCGAUGGCUUCCCGUGUGUGUCUUUGUGCCUUCAGUAGCCAGCAAGCCCGCCUGCAGUGUGGUGGGUGGAAAGAGGAGGUUUGCAGUGCAGAUGACUUUUCUGUAAGUGUACCCUUCCGUAGCUGGGGUUACUCAGUGAGAAGUCGGUCUCGUCCGUUUCGCUGUACUGUUGUACUAUACUUCAGUAUUUCGAUGCUUUUCUUGGUCUGUGUUUUGUAAAAAAAAUUUGCAAAGUUUGCUAUCCUUCAAAAAGAAUUCGCACCAGUUUGGGUUUGAAAUGAUAUCCAAGACCCAAACUUAGGAACCAGUUGGUUCUUUAGGCUCACGGGCCAGCUUCCAGUAGCCGCCUGGCUCCCACACAGCCUGCAUGUGGGGAGAGCUCCUUGGUUUUGGAGGCUGACUGACAGGAGUAACCACACCCCUUAUGUUAUUGUUAAAAAUGCAUUAGGGGUUGGAGUCCCCAGAUUGCAGUCUCCUCCCCAAGGUGACCACUUGCCACUUCGCAAGACGGAAGCCCAAUCUCUUUACCACCAAACAACAACCGUGAGGGGACGGAAGGACAGAGAAGCGACAGCAUAUUCCCGGAGGUGGGGGUGAUUUUCUCUAGAGCCUUGUCACCUGCACUUGUGGGCUCCCUUCCAUAUUCCCGGAGGUGGGGGUGAUUUUCUCUAGAGCCUGUCACCUGCACUUGUGGGCUCCCUUCCAACUUGGUGAUAGGAUGAUACGAAAAGCCUUAAGUAACACUAUGCAUGCUGUCCUCUGUGCUAUUCCUUAUCAGUAAAUAAGCUGACGCUUAACCAGUUUCAUACACGCGGAUGAGGUGUAUAAAACUGACUUCGACAGUAUUUUUUGCACUGUUUCCUGUCCGAUGUUAUAAAGUCUUAUUUCAGUAUCAGUCUUAGUCCUUACUACCCUCAUUGUUUCUGUAAAAUGUUUCAUAUGUGCCUUUACAAAUGUGAGAUCUUUAUCCUAACUUUUUUUUGUAAGAGAUAUAUAUUGAUUUGCAUACACAAUAAACCUUUUGUUUUUCAGAGAAAACAGUGAAA